AUGAAAACUGACAUUCCUCAAGGGCAACACGUGCCUAACAAUUUCCCUGCACCUUCACCUCAAGCUUCUAAAGAGCCACAAUUUGAGAAGGUCAAGGUGCCAGAGUACAAUCCCCAGCUUCUUUAUGGCAAGUUCAUGAAAGAGUUGUUGGCAAAGAAGAGGAAUUGGAAGGAAGAUAAAAUAAUGGUGCUUACCAAAGAGUGUCAUGCUACAAUUCAAAAGCAUUUGCCUCAAAAGUUGAGAGAUCCUGAGAGUUCCUUGAUCCCUUGCACCAUUGGUGAGGUUACCAUUGAAAGAUCUCUAUGUGAUCUUGAGGACAACAUCAAUCUAAUGCCACUAUCUUUGAUGAGAAAGUUUCAAAUUGAUGAGGUAAAACCCACUAGAAUUUCUCUACAACUUGCUGACCGUUCCAUUAAGUUUUCAAUUGGCAUUGUUGAGAACUUGCUAGUUAAGGCCAUGAAACAUCCUCGUGAUUUGGAAGAUUGCAUGAACAUUGAUUUGAUGGAUCCUUUGGUGCGAGAAACACUAGAAGAGGAGGUGCUCAAUGAUUCACUAGAGUAUUUUAUUGAGGAUGGUGUGGUUGAUUUUGAUGAUUUUCCACCACCCAAGAAGCCAUACACGUUCCUAAUAAGGAGGAGGGGCCGCCCAAGCUUGAUUUAA